AUGGGCCCCAUCAUGCAGGAACGAACAGCAGGCACGACACUCAAACGCGCUGUUUCCAAAGACAAGAUCAGGGUGAAAAACACUGAAAAUGCAGGCCCCGUGACCAGUUCAAAGAAAAGCAACAAGGUGAAGAAAGCAACGACACAGGUGAAAAACGGUCUCCCAGGUCCGGGUCAGGACAGGGACGCAGUGGCAGCAGUGCAAAAGGGUGCACACUCUAAGGGAGUGAAGCUCAAGUCUGGGGCUUCAAAGAACACAAACAAGCUGUCAAGCCCUGAAGAAGAUAUUAGGCCACAACUUCGAAAGCAUUCGUCGUCCCGAAGAAAAGAGGAAAAGCAAGAGAUCCAGCGUUUAUCUCAAUGCAGCAUUGAUAUGAACCAGAAAUUUGGGGCAAUGGGGAAGAAUCGACGCGCAUUGUCCUUGCCACUUUCUCCAAUAUCUCCAGGACUACGACAAAUGCCAGCACAUCCCCUGACUCACUCUCCAGUCCCCAUCCCAGAGGUUCUCCGGCAUUACAGCCAAAAGGAAGAUGACACCGACAGCGCCAGUGAUCUCUCUGACUCAGAAAGGCUUCCUAUACUGCCGUCCCCUUGUACUCCAUGUACCCCCCCUCAUCUCAAUCUUCGUGCUGAAGUAAUAAACAUCCUUGAUUUACCUCCAGACUUCCCGGGGCCACAAGGAGCCGGGACAGAUAAUGAGGAUAAUGACUUUGAAAAAACCAACUAUAACUACCCUGACUUUCUGCCUCCUCCAUUUAACAGCUGGAGCUUGAGACAACUGGCAGUCUUCCUUCACACAGAGGGCCGUGGUGCACCUAGACCAAAACCUGUAGGGCCUUUAGAGAAGUAUCUGGAGAGGCUGCUGCAACUCGAAUGGCUUCAAAUCCAGACAGGACAAGUGGAAAGCAAUCGUCCUCCUGGGACAAGACAAAGACCUCAGGCGCUCCCCGCUGCUACGCUGGCUCACCCGCCUAGGCCCCACACUGCGCCUUCAUCUCGAUUAAACUCUCCCAAAGGUGUUCGCCAAAACCAGAGAGGAUUCCCAUUCACUCCUGUCAACAACCCGCCAUCUCCUGCCAGCGCAUCCAGGUUCCCUGUGUGUCCUCAAUGCCACAUUCGGUAUCCUCUGUGUAACGGAAGCUGUUCUGCCUAUGUCUACCAGCGCCACUCAAGACUUAGCCCGUUAAUGGAGAGAAGAACCAGACCUGGGGCGCCCAUCAAGAGGAGCAGUAGUGAGACACGCAACAAUUCCACUGAAUGCAGAAGCCCAGGAGGACCUCAAACCCCAGUCAGCCCAUCCACCUCAAAGAGUCACUUCAGACACAUGCAGGCAGCCGGUAAUGCACGAAAGCCAUCCCAAGAGAGUGGCACUGAUAAGCGGGGACCAGUGAGGAGGAGCCGUGUACGAGCCAACUCUGAGACAGAUGUGAAGAAGGAGCCCACUGGGUUCAAAGCCACUAGUGCUGAGAAACAUGCUUUUACUGCCAGUAAGAGUGAAGUCCUCACCACUAAAAGGGUAGAGAAGGACUGGCAGAGAGGAGAGGUAGGUCAGCCUUCCAAAACUGCCAUAAAAAGAGUGGCUAAAGAGCCACAGUCCUCCAAAGCACCUCUAAGUAGUAAGCAUAAUGGCAAAACAAAAAAUGUGCACUUCGUCUCAAAGUAA